AUGGCCUACACGUUGCGCUGGCAGCAAGCCCAGCCUCAAGAGGUGGAGGUUCCAGACAACGAGACUGUUUCUGACACGGUGGGCGACAGAAAACUCUGGAAGCUCAAGCAGCGUGGGUUUAAACAACCGCCGAAAAUGUGUGACGAUGAAGAAAGGAAGCUUGCGAAUUUCAAGGACGAUGUUCUCGCUGCUUACACCAAAUACAGGCCAUCGACGUCUAAUAUGACCAAGGAGGAACGAGAGGAGCUGGCCAGACUCCGCAAGGACACAAGUACAGUCAUCAAACCGUCAGACAAAAGUAAAAAAUUAGUCGCAAUGAAACAAACGCUCUACCUGGAGAAGGCAGACACAUUGCUAUCAGAUAGCGCUAUGUACGAAAAGGUUGACCUAACAAUAACUGAGUUCGAGACACGGGUGAAAGCUGUCCUUGGGGACAAAUGCAAGAACAUGGAUUCAAAGCUGCUGAAGUCGAUUCUCCCCAAUGAUACAAGAUUCCCCGAGUUCUAUGGUCUCCCAAAGGAUCAUAAACAGAACCUACCCCUACGACCCGUCGUGUCAGCAUGUGAUAGUCCUGUCACGGGCAUAUCAAUCGUACUAGAACGCAUUCUACACCAGUUGCUAGACUUGGUCCCAGCACACCUCACUAAUACGAAUGAAGCCCUUGAUGACAUCUGCGCUUUAUACCCAGAUCUCAAAGCUCCAGAGGGGACUAUUCUUGCCACUUUGGAUGUCGUGGGCCUGUACCCGAGCAUUCCAAUUGAAGAGGGAGUCACCGCAGUGGGAGAAAUAUUGGUACAGAAUUUCAAAAGAAUCAACAUGUUCGGCCUUGACGUGUGCGAAGUCAAGGACUUGCUUCAAUUUGUUCUCAGUAACAAUUUCUUCAGAUUCGGGCGACAAAUUUACCACCAGCUAGAGGGAGUUGCAAUGGGCAAUAAUCUAGCACCACCAUUCGCAAUAUUGUUCAUGCACUCUCUGGAAACGCGCCUUCUUGCCGAUUCACCGGUUCUGCCUGUGCUGUACAAACGGUACAUUGAUGAUGUGAUCAUUCUCUGGACCCACGGUGAGGAACGCCUCUUGGAGCUAAUACAGCACUUCAAUGCAGGACACGACCGACUCAAGUUCACCUACGAGCUCAGCAGUAGCAAAGGCUGGAUUGAUUACAUGGACGUGACGAUUGCCAUACAACAGUCGGGCCAGAUGACGUACAAGCUCUUCCAAAAGCCAUGCAAUAGUGGAUUGCUGAUAGACUACGCAUCUGCUGUACCUCAUCACAUCAAACUUGCCGUUGCAAAGUCUCAAUUCUUAAGAGCACAACGUCUGUCUUCCAAUGACACCAUGUGUAAAGAAAGUGAACAGAAAAUUCAAGACCAACUUCAACUCAACCACUAUCCAGAGAGCCUCAUCAUCAAUGCCCGAGAAGCAGCAAGGAAACCCAAGCGUCGCCGCCGAGGUAAUCCGUGUUGUGCGUUUCUGAAGCUGCCGUAUAAGUCGGACAGGGUGCAUCACAGCGUCAGCAAAGCUAUCCGGAAGCACAAGUUACCAGUCCGGGUGGUUUACGAGCAUGCGGGCAGCCUCAAGCGUCAGCUCUGUCACUCAGCACAAAGUCCGCCCAGCUGCAUUAAGGAGCCCAACAUCAGAAAGACAAAGAGAAGAGGACGCCCAUUGGGGCCGUGUCUGACUUGUAAGUCGGGUGGAGUGAAAAUAUGUUUGAAGAAGAAUGUGAUAUACCGGCUGCAAUGCAAGUUGUGCAGGGAAAAAUACAUCGGAGAGACGGGUCGCACACUGGAGACAAGACUGGAGGAACACAACGGUGAAGCUCGUAGGCGCACUGUGGAUAAGCCAUGGGGUGACCACAUGCGAGCUAAGCAUGCAGGGAUCAACCUACAUGUAGGUGUCGGGGACAGCAUCUUCUCGGCAGUGUCUGUGGUUGCAAGAGCCAGUGACAGGGCAAGCCGCAAAUUGCGAGAGGCAGUGGAGAUCAGAAACGAAGGCCCAGAGAUCAACACCAGUACUGGAUGGUCAUUACUCUAA